ACAGAGCAGUCUUGAACGCAGCUUCAGUGGCAGCUUUACUGUUUACAUUACGAUGGUGACUGUUGUCGAGCUGCUGAGUCUCCUGCUGGUGUCGGUGCUGUGGGGCUGCACCAACCCCUUCCUAAAGAAAGGCACAGAGGGGAUAGAAAAUGUGACAAAAACCAACAGAGUUUCACAGCUGCUGGCUGAGGUCAAGUUUCUGUUCCUCAACUUAAAGUACCUGGUCCCAUUUCUUUUAAACCAGAGUGGCUCUUUGGUCUACUAUUACACACUUUCAACUACAGAGUUGUCCCUUGCUGUUCCUGUGGCCAACUCUCUCACCUUUCUCUGCACUCUGCUGACUGGAAAGUUACUGGGUGAAGAAUUUGGAGGCAAACAGGCUGUCGUGGGAAUGUUCCUCACCAUGGCUGGCAUCACUCUGUGCGUAAUCAGCUCCAUUGAAGACACUGGGAAGCUGAACACGAGCGAGCCUGUGCACUAACUGAGAUCAGGAUCAAAGCAAAUUCUCCUAUACCUUCUGCUUAUUCCUUAGCAAGGAAAGAAAGAAGGGCAAAGCAGAGUUGAUGCAGGACUGGAGGGGGCGAUUUAGAUUCAGGCGGCAGCUCUUGAUUUGUGCCUAAACAAACUUAUCUUGACCUUGAAGGGACCUGUCCAGAAACUCUUAGACCAAGUUGAAGGGGAAGCGGGUUCAUGUAGGGUACACCCCAGAGCUAGACGAGAUUUAUGGCGCUCCCAAAGAAAUCGGUGGUCGUUACGUUUCAAAGCACCCCGGUGCCCCUCCAUGUGACGCCCAUCUGCAUAGAAGCUAUAGAGACCACAUACAAAUAAGGCAGGGGGUUGAAAUAGACCAAUCAGAUGUCAGCUCCUGGUUUAACGGGGGCAUUUUACAGGAGCUGCUGUAGCAUGUGUGAGGGUUUGAGAUGGACAGAGGACUGUUUAGCUUGUUUUUUCUUUUGAUUAUUUUUAUCUUUUCCUCCUCCAUCCUCUUCACCGCUGCCUUGUAUACAUGAUACACUGCUGAUGUAGAUGUUGCAUUUAUCAUUUUCUAAAAUUCUAUGUACAGAAAAAGUAAAACGGGCUCACAUGUUGUACAUAGUAAUAUAUAUUUUAUUGUCACAGUAUUUAAAUGAUACAAGACGCUGUACAGACGACUUGUCAUUGUAUCUAUUCCUGUGUUGUCGCUGAUAUUUCCUUAUUAAAAUGUUGGCAACAUGA